CCCACUCUGGUUAACCGAAGCCGAAGGGUCUCUCUCUCCUCUCUCUCUCUCUCUCUCUCCUCACCAGUCGACGCAGAAAGGACUCGGGUACAAUUUGUUUUCUGUCUGCUUGCCCACACCCACACCCAAUCCCAAUCACUUCUAGAGAGAAACAGAAGGAUAAAGAGAGAGAGAGAGAUUGUUUUGUGUCUCAUAUACUACUCACUUCUGCUGCGGUUUAGAGAGAGAAAAGUGUGGAGACAUAGAGAGAGAGAGGAGGCACUCGUUGGAUCAAAGCGAGUUUGUUACGAAUUGAGUUGUAAAGGUAGAGAGAGAAAGUUUUCUUUUUCUUUUUUUUUGUUUGUUGGAGUUGGGGUUUUUCAUUGUGUUUGUUGAGAAUCAGUUUGUUUUGGGGGAUACGGAUGAGAGAUCUGCGCUGAAUGGCUUCUUCAGAGGUGUCGUUCAGAGGCAACGCGCGGGGGGAGAGCUUCUCUUCUGCGUACUGCGACCAGAGCGACGGCGUCAGAGCUUCCAUGGCCGCUCCCGAGGCCUCCGGCGCCGGGAAAGUGGAUCCAGAAACCGCGCUCUACACGGAGCUCUGGCACGCGUGCGCUGGUCCGCUCGUGACCGUGCCUCGCGAGAACGAGCGCGUGUUCUAUUUUCCCCAAGGGCACAUCGAGCAGGUAGAGGCAUCUACUAAUCAGGUGUCGGAUCAAGAGAUGCCGGUGUAUAAUCUACCAUCGAAGAUCCUUUGCCGUGUGAUCAACGUCCAAUUGAAGGCUGAAGACACGGACGAAGUGUUUGCGCAAGUGACUCUGCUUCCCCUAAAAGAAGAUGAGUGUGACACAGAGAAGGAACCCGUGCCAUCUCCACAGUCGCGGUUUCAUGUUCAUUCCUUCUGUAAGACCCUAACUGCCUCAGAUACCAGCACUCAUGGUGGAUUUUCGGUGCUAAGACGGCAUGCUGAUGAAUGCCUUCCCCAGCUAGACAUGUCACGCCAGCCUCCUACUCAGGAGUUAGUGGCUAAGGAUCUGCAUGGGAGUGAAUGGCGUUUCAGGCAUAUCUUUCGGGGUCAACCACGCAGGCACCUGCUUCAAAGUGGUUGGAGUGUCUUUGUAAGCUCUAAAAGGCUUGUUGCUGGCGAUGCUUUUAUAUUUCUAAGAGGCGAGAAUGGGGAGCUUCGAGUUGGAGUAAGACGUGCAAUGAGGCAGCAGGGUAAUAUCCCAUCAUCCGUCAUAUCCAGCCAAAGCAUGCAUCUUGGAGUCCUUGCAACAGCUUGGCAUGCGUACACAACAGGAACAAUUUUCUCAGUCUAUUACAAGCCAAGGACGAGUCCUGCUGAGUUUAUUGUUCCAUAUAGUCAAUACAUGGAGUCUGUCAAGAAUAAUCAUUCUAUAGGGAUGAGGUUCAAAAUGCGAUUUGAAGGUGAAGAAGCUCCAGAACAAAGGUUUACUGGAACCAUUGUCGGUAUUGAAGAUUAUGAUACCAAAAGGUGGCCAGAAUCUAAAUGGAGGUGCCUAAAGGUACGGUGGGAUGAAACUUCUAACAUACCCCGUCCAGAGAGAGUGUCGCCUUGGAAAAUAGAACCUGCCUUGACUCCACCUGCCCUCAAUCCCCUUCCAGUGCCCAGACUAAAGAGGCCUCGAUCAAAUUUGGUGCCUUCUUCUCCAGAUUCCUCUGUUCUUACAAGGGAAGGUUCAUCUAAGGUCAUAAACCCUUUGCAAUCCAGUGGAUAUACAAGGGUCUUGCAAGGUCAAGAAUUGUCGACCUUGAGAGGCACCUUGGCAGAGAGCAACGAAUCAGAUUCUACUGAAAAGCAAGUCGUAUGGCCAUCUCCAAUGGAUGAUGAUAAAGUCUUAGUUUCUGCUUCACAUGGAUAUGGAUCAGAAAAGUGGCCUGAAUCAACAUUCACAGAUCUACUGUCUGGUUUUGGGACCCAAUCUAACUCCCAUGAGUUUUGUACAACUUCAGUUGACCAAUCUCCAGCUUCUAUCAACUCUAUGAAACUCAAUUUACCACAUCAGGAGGGAAAGUUCAGUUUUUCAGCAACAAAUUGGUCCGUAAUGCCUUCAGGCCUCUCACUCAACUUAGAAUCUACCAUGAAAGCACCCGUGCAAGGCAGUACUAUACCAUAUCAAUCCCGUGAUACAAGAUAUGGUGGUUUUGGUGAGUACGCCAUGCUUAAUGGUCAAAAAUCUGAGUAUCCUCAUGGAAAUUGGUUAAUGCCUCCACCGCUCCCAUCCUAUCUUCAGAUGCCUAGACCUGUUCUGGUACAACAGCAUGAUGCUGUGAAGCCUAAUGAUGGAAAUUGCAAGCUCUUUGGCAUACAUCUUAACCCUAAUCCUGUUAUAGUGGGGCCAGCUAUGUUAAAUAAUAUUGCCAAUCUUAGCCCAAACUCUCAGCAGCCCCGAGCUACUGAAUCAGAUCAAAGUUCUGAACAAAUGAAGUGCACAAAAGGGCCAGACCACCCAAUUCCCAUCAGUGAGCAGGAGAAAGCAACCCAACCGUAUCAAGCGAUUAUCAAGGAUGGCCAGGGGAAAGUCCAUGGUGGUUCAACUAGGAGUUGUACCAAGGUUCAUAAGCAGGGGAUUGCCCUUGGUAGGUCUGUGGACCUUACCAAGUUCAACAACUACGAGGAACUGAUUGCUGAAUUGGAUCGCUUGUUCGAUUGUAAUGGUGAAUUGAAGUCUCGGAACAAGAAUUGGAUGGUCGUAUAUACUGAUGAUGAGGGUGAUAUGAUGCUUGUUGGGGAUGAUCCAUGGGCGGAGUUCUGUGGCAUGGUUCGCAAGAUCUUUAUCUAUACGAGGGAAGAGGUCCAGCGGAUGAACCCAAAGACUCUGAAUUCAAGGAGUGAAGAAAAUUCAUUAGUCGGCGAAGGCAUGGACGAAAAAGAAAUGAAAAAUCUGCAGCCUUCUUCGGUUUCUAGUCCUGAGAAAUGUUAGGUCCGCCUUAAUUACCGAGAUGGUUCUGCUGAGUUGCGUCCCUUGAGCAUUUUGGCAGACAAUCUCUAGCUAAAAAUAGAUAAGUGCAAUUUUGGACAUGGUUUGGAACUAAAGUCGUCGUAUGUCAUCUCAUUAUUAGAGAGUAUAGGAAGGUAUGCCUAUUUUUAGUGAGGCAGUCGUUGUCUUGCAUUUCUAAACCUUUCCAGUCUUUGUACAGAGCCUACAACUUCUGCAUGUAAUUAAGUUUGUUGGUCUGAAUUGUUGCAGAAAUCAAUGCAAUAUGUUGUUCUUGGUCUUA